AUGUGUCAUCGUGCCCCUGACUGUGAACGAUCUAUCCUGCAGAUAGCUUUCAAGAAUCUUGAACAAGCACUGAAGGGAUUCCUGCAGACGCUUAAACUGGGUAUGGAAGGCAAGGAUGUCAUCAAUUUGAGACUAAAUACAGUCACUGCCAUGGCACAAAAAUCAAAGUUACAGACGAAAAUGGCUAUAAAUCGUCACAGUGACUAUCCCAUCAAGGCCUUUCCUCGAUAUCUACAAUCCCUAACAAUAGACAAUACGCAAUUGGUUAAAUUGAGCUAUCAUAUAUGCUCCUUACGGAAUCUAACCCACCUGGAUGUAUCCAACAAUAAGUUGCGUAAGCUCGUCCUCCAUGACAAUAAUCUGGGUGAAAUGGACGAUUGGUCAUUUCUAAAUGGCAGCAAAUUACGAGACUCCCUGCGCGAAUUGGAUUUAUCGGCCAACGAUUUGACAUGUUUGCCUUUGCCUGUGGUCAAGUGCCACAAAUUGGUUAACUUGAAUCUCAAUUACAAUAAUUUGACUCAUCUACUCUUUGCCAUACGUCGCCUGAGAAGAUUACGCUCGCUUUACGUGUCGGAAAACAAAUUAAAAUCCCUGCCAGCUGCCAUAGAUGAUUUACGUAUUGAAAUCUUGGAUGUUUGGCGUAAUUCAUUCAAGGGUCUCAAUGUCUUGGAGGCUCAUCGCCUGGCCUUUGCUUCCGAUGCGGACGGAGCUUCAACUCAUUCGCCUGAACCUCUCUGGCUUCAAGCUGUGGCCUAA